AUGAUGGGUGUAUUAUCUAUUACAAGGUGCAUCGCACUACAACUCAUACUUUCAUGUUUAUUCUUGACCGCUGAAUGCAAAUAUUCUUCUGGUAAUCAACACCCUAAACCAAAAUAUACAUAUGACCAGCUCUGGAACCUUGAAAAGAACUUUUGGGAUUCGUUUCUUUACCCCGCAAAUUUGAAACAGACACAAGGCAAUCAAUCAACUAUCUUCUCUUCUGAUGUCCAAGGGCGCGUUGACAUUACUCGCACUUUUGAUGGCGACGAGCUCAAUCGCGAAUACAUCUUCGGCCUUUUCGCGGACCCAACCCAUGUCAGCCUUGUCGGUGUUCCUAUCUCUUACAGCAUCACACAAUUCGCUGCCAAUGACAAUAUCGCUUCCGCAACCACUGUCGUAACCUUCAACGCCACGACAUUUGGCGUCCUUGUUCCAGUGACCAUUGAUACAUGGAUCGAGUUUGAUGCCGACGGCAAGAUUUCGCAGUACGAUGCUGUCUUUCGCUGGUUUGAAUAUCUCUUGGAUUUCUUGGUGGGGAGUGUUGCGACCAAGAUCAAUGCUACAUCGUCCGAUCAAGCCGUUGCGUACGUCUCGAAUACGUUGGCCACGACGAUCUGCAACACGCAUGAGCAGUACUGCACGGGAUCCAACCAGCAAUACACAGAUACCUCUACUUGCUAUGAGUUUCUGACUAAAACAGUGCGAUUUGGAAAGAGCUAUGAGCUGGGUCGUAACACGCUGCUGUGCCGCGAGGUCCACGAACACAUGGUCCAGUAUCGACCUGAUGUCCAUUGCCCACAUAUCGGCCCUAGCGGCGGGGGGUACUGUGUUGACGAUAUGACGUAUACGCAAACUGUGCUGCAGAAAUAUUUCGAUGAUUCUUGGAUUCCCUUUGGCUACGGUGCGGAUCAAAACGUUUGGUUAUCUAGCUGA